AAGCGAUAAAUGCCAAACAUACCAAAAACAGGACGAUUUCCAGUCCAGGUUCAUCUUUCUCGAUUUUUAUAUAUUCGCAUUUCUCUUCGCGAAACGAAAAAGAAAGCAUCUCUGAAAUCCCUAGAAAGAAAGAGAGAGAAUGCAAAUCCAAGCGAAUUCGAAGAUUUCUCCUCGAAAAGGAGAAAAGAGAGAGCUUUUUCACGUUAUUCACAAGGUUCCCUACGGAGACAGCCCCUAUGUUCGAGCCAAACACGUUCAGUUGGUGGAGAAGGAUCCAGAAGCUGCGAUUGUUUGGUUUUGGAAGGCAAUUAAUGCCGGAGAUAAAGUCGACAGCGCACUUAAAGACAUGGCGGUGGUGAUGAAGCAACUAGAUCGGACCGAAGAAGCUAUCGAAGCCAUCAAGUCAUUUAGGGAUCGUUGCUCCAAACAAGCCCAAGAAUCCCUAGACAAUGUCCUCAUUGACCUCUACAAGAAAUGCGGGCGAGUUGAAGAGCAGAUUGAGUUGUUGAAGCGGAAGCUUUGGAUGAUAUAUCAAGGUGACGCCUUCAAUGGCAAGGCCACCAAGACGGCCCGGUCUCAUGGCAAGAAGUUCCAGGUCUCAAUCAAGCAAGAGACUUCUAGAGUCUUGCUUCUUAUGCCAUGGCAGGGAAAUUUGGGGUGGGCUUACAUGCAACAAUCAAACUAUGCGGCAGCUGAAGCCGUAUACCGAAAAGCCCAACAGAUUGAACCUGAUGCUAACAAGAGCUGCAACCUGAGCAAAUGCUUAAUCAAGCAGGGCCGGUAUGAUGAGGCACGGUCCAUUCUCGAUAAUGUUCUCCAAGGGAGAAUUUUGGGCUACGAUGACUGCAGGACAUCGACUCGGGCCAACGAAUUGUUACAAGAAAUCGAAUCGCAGCAGCCAGACCUUCCUUCAUUGCCUAUGGACCUUAACCUGGAAGAAGUGAUCGUCGAAGGGCUUGAUCAGCUAAUGAGUGAGUGGGCCCCAUCACGAUCAAGGAGACUGCCCAUCUUUGAAGAGAUCUCUAAGUUUUGGGAUCAAGUGGCUUGUUGAUUUUGUUUGUAACAUAGAAUAUUUGUACAAAAAAUAAAUGGGUGGGGAGGAAAUAUUUGAAUUAUAGUGUUGUUAGAGAAACAUUGGCCUAAUGAAAUCAGUCCGGAGUGCACAGAAGCGCAUGUUAUCAUUCCAUCAAAAUAAGAAGCUGGUAAGCAGAAUUUUAGGCCCUGUUUGGAGACAGUUUUGAGAUUUUAUAAUCUUUUAGUUCAUUGUAUUUUGAAUUGGAUAAUGUAUUUAAUUUUAAAUGGGUGAUAGGAUGUUUGGUUGUGCUA